GAGGGAAAGUAGCUGCUUUACCACCGUCUGCCGGAACCCAAAGUUCUUUGUUUGUAUUAAGCUUCAGGGCAAGAAAAAGCUUGAACGCCACGAUGGCCGAUAAGAUGAGCAUGUCUCUGGAUGACAUUAUCAAGCUGAACAAGAAAGGAGGCAGCGGCCGAGGCGGUGGAGGAGCAUCGUCCGGCUCGGGUGGAAGUUCAGGUCGGGCCGGUGGUGGAUGGUCGAGGUCGGUGAGGAGUCGACCGAAUAACUUCAACCGCGACCGGAACAACAGAAGCACGCCGUACACCAGGCCCAGAGAACUGCCAGACAAAUGGCAGCAUGACAUGUUUGAGGAGCAAGUCCAGUCCAGUGGGCGCAGAGUACCAGAGAGAAGCGAACGAAGUGAAGAAAACAGUGGCAAGCUGCUAGUUUCCAAUCUGGACUUUGGCGUCUCUGACACAGAUAUGAAGGAGCUGUUUGAAGAGUUUGGGGAAAUAAAGAAAGUAUCUGUACACUAUGACCGGUCCGGUCGCAGUAAAGGGACUGCAGAUGUUCACUUUGUAACAAAGGCAGACGCACUCAAAGCCAUGAAGCAUUACAACGGUGUCCCACUUGAUGGCCGUCCCAUGAAAAUCCAGCAGAUGACUUCAGAGGUCGACACACAGAGCAGACCGUCUACUCAAAGUUCAAACAGAGGGUUCGACAGGAGCAGGCUCGGUCAACCCAAGUUUGAAAGGAACGAAAGGAAUGACAGGAGUGAAAGAAAUGACAGGAGUGAAAGGAGUGAACGGAGGCAAGGUGGCGGUGGAGGUGGCAGAGGCUCCAGAGGGCGAGGAAGAGGAGGCGGAAACAGACCCCAACUUACUGCAGAAGAGCUGGAUGCCCAGUUGGAUGCUUACAAUGCCAUGUCUCAGAUGGACACCAGUUAGAAGCACUUGGACAGAAACCUGCACCAGUCUUUUUGUUUUUGUUUUUUUGAAACAUUGGACGUGAUGGAUCGGACCUCAUUACACUUGUUUUGAAGCCAUUGUAUUUUACGGACCAAUACAUUCUAUCAAUUUUAAAAUUUCUCUAUAUUUUUGUGACCAUGUUUCUGGAAUGUUCUAUGUUUUAAGGAUUUUUUUUUUGCACCAAGGCCAUCAGCUUCUGUGCUUUUCCAAAUGAAUGGAGAAUAGCCUUAAAUCAUGCAACAUCAGUGAUUUUUCUUCUUUUUUUUCAGCGAUUUGAUAGACUGUUAAAUGUGAUGUUAAAAUGUUAUUGUACAUCAGUUCUGUCACUUGGUACUGUAUACUUGACAUAUGGACAUAUUUCCAAGGGUUUUGUACAUAAAUGCAGUAUA